AGCAAUGAAAGCUGGCUCAGUUUGGUUGAUUCUGCUCUCUGAGCCUUUAUACACUUCCUCAUUUGUGCCACUGGAAUUAUGAAGACCUGGAUAUUACUCCUGCUAAUUGGACCUGUCUGUUGCCUGGCUUCUGGAUCUGUGUAUAGUCCCCCCGAUUCCUGCCAAGGGCGGUGUAAUGAGAAAUACAACCCAAGAGAUAUGUGCCAUUGUAAUAGCAAAUGUGAAAAACAUCGGAACUGCUGCGAGGACUACCACAUCCGUUGCAGAAAGGGUGGAAAUGAAGUCGGCACUGGGUCUGCUGAGGGAUUCUCCAGCAGUGAGGAUGCCAUCACCAAUGAGGACUUGCAAAAAGUAUCUGAGCAGCUUCAUAAAAGUGACAGCAACAGAGCAGCGGAGUCUGACAUCACUCUUAACAAACAACACUUGGCUUCAAAUAAUAAUAACCAAGACGAUGAAUCCUCAGAACCCCUCUUCACCUACGUCAACCAAGAGAAGCUCUUCUCCAAGCCAACUUAUGCCAGUUUCAUUAAGCUGCUGGAUAACUACCACAAGAAGGUUGGGCAGGGGGAAAAACUCACGGCUGAGCAACUGAAGGAGCAGGAUACCUUCCUGGAGGAGAUCAUGAAGACAGAGGUCAUGAAAGGGCUUUAUCAAUUCCUUCACAAGAAAAAUCAUUAUGGCACAGAGGCAGAGUUUGUUGCUGACCUCAAGGAGAUGUGGUUUGGCCUUUACUCCAGAAGCAAUGAUGAGGAUUCCAGUGGCUUUGAGCAUGUCUUUAUAGGAGAAAUCAAAAAAGGAAAAGUAGCUGGAUUCCACAACUGGAUUCAUUUCUACCUGAUGGAGAAACAGGGCUUAGUCAACUAUUUCAGCUACAGCUAUGAUGGCCCGUGGACUUCGUACCCAGAUGUGCUAAGCUUGCAGUUCAGCUGGGAUGGCUUCUACAAGAAGGUUGGAACCGCCAUCAUAGGAAGUAGCCCUGAAUUUGAAUUCGGCCUCUACUCACUGUGCUUCAUCGCUAGGCCUGGGAAAGUGUGUCGCCUGAAAAUUGGGGGCCAUGAUCUGGGGAUCCAGACGUACACCUGGGAUAAAUCCACUUAUGGACAAGGCAAAAGGUACAUUGCCACAGCGUAUGUAGUGUCCCUGUGAGGCUGCAAGAUCCUGAUUGUGAAAGAACAUCCUGAAUAACCAGAUGUGACCAACUCAAAGGAUGCUUCUUGUGCUCCAGCCCUCACAUGCUUUUCAGUGGACCUAUUCUUUGAUCUUUAAAUGCUGCAUUCAUAUUUCUGAGCUUGCCCAGUUCAUGUGAAGUGUGCAGUAGGGCAAUGAGACUGUAACUCCUGUGACUCAUCUGGCAGCUAUGGACAAGUGGAAAAAAAAAUCACAUGAAACAAUUCAUGCACUCGGUAAUUUCCUGGUAAGAGCUAGCACUGAGUUUUGCUCAAAGCAGCAUCUGAGUGAAUUCAUGCAACAUGUCUUGAGUAAUGGAAAUGUUUUUGGAUAAAACUAGUUGAAGAUGUCAUCGUAUGUUUCCACCAACUAUCAUCUAAAGCAGAGUAGGCAACCUUGACUCUCCAGCUGUUGUUGAACUACAACUCCCAUCCU